UCAUGAUUGGUUCUAAACAUAAGCUGUUUGCGAGCUCCCAUGCUUAUUAGCAAGAAAUCAAAAUGUUCCAAAGAUUAGGGACGAUUGGAGUUGGGGUUGAAGCUAAAAACAGCUAAAGAGCUAUGCAGAUCUUCGUGUGUUUAGAUUUCUGUUUUGGGUUUGAAACCAUUAGGAUCAAAGAAGGUGUGAUUGAAGAGAAGAAGAAAAAGGGUUUGGUGGGUGUUGUUUUCUUGAUUCUGUGAGUAUUCCAUCAAGAAACCAGAAGAUACUCUCUUUUGAUGAUGCUGGAAUGUGUUGUAGUUAGUGGGUUUUGAUUAACUGAUUGUUAUUGAGGGUUUAGGGGAAGAAGAAGAUAAAGGAAAACAAAACAGAUUCUGGGUUGGGUUUAAAAUAAGCAGUGAUGAUGGCUAUGGCCUGCAAGGAUGGUAAGGGAGCGAUUAUGGAUAAUGGUAAGUAUGUUCGCUACACACCUGAGCAGGUUGAAGCACUUGAAAGACUCUAUCAUGACUGUCCCAAACCAAGUUCUCUUCGUCGUCAGCAGCUCAUUCGUGAGUGCCCUAUUUUGUCUAACAUUGAGCCCAAACAGAUCAAAGUUUGGUUCCAGAAUCGAAGAUGCCGAGAAAAACAGAGGAAAGAAGCUUCACGUCUUCAAACCGUGAAUCGAAAGCUUUCCGCCAUGAACAAGCUUCUGAUGGAAGAGAACAAUCGAUUGCAGAAGCAAGUGUCGCAUCUUGUGUACGAGAAUGGCUACUUCCGCCAGCAUACUCAAAAUACUUCACUUGCUACUAAAGAUACUAGUUGUGAGUCGGUUGUGACGAAUGGUCAACACCGAUUGACCGCCCAGCACCCGCCACGGGAUGCUAGUCCUGCUGGACUUUUGUCCAUUGCAGAAGAAACUUUAACAGAGUUUCUUUCGAAGGCAACUGGAACUGCUAUUGAGUGGGUCCAAAUGCCUGGAAUGAAGCCUGGUCCGGAUUCCAUUGGAAUCGUUGCUAUUUCUCAUGGUUGCACUGGCGUGGCCGCACGAGCAUGUGGCCUGGUCGCUCUCGAGCCUACAAGGGUUGCGGAAAUCCUGAAGGAUCGCCCCUCGUGGUUUCGUGACUGCCGAGCUGUUGAAAUCCUCAAUCUGCUACCGACCACCAAUGGUGGAACCAUCGAGCUUUUAUACAUGCAGCUUUACGCCCCCACAACUUUGGCUACGGCUCGUGACUUCUUGUUGUUGCGCUAUACCUCCGUUACCGAAGAUGGAAGUUUAGUGGUUUGUGAACGAUCGCUAAACAAUACGCACAAUGGUCCGAGCAUACCAUCAGUCCCAAACUUCGUGCGAGCCGAGAUGUUGCCUAGUGGGUGCUUGAUUCGACCCUGUGAAGGAGGCGGUUCGAUUAUUCACAUUGUGGAUCAUAUGAAUUUAGAGGUAAUUGCCGUGCCUGAAGUCUUGCGCCCGUUAUACGAGUCGCCAAUCGUGCUUGCUCAGAAAAUGACGAUGAUGGCGUUACGCCAGCUGAGGCAGAUAGCUCUCGAAGUUUCACAAUCCGGAUCCCCAAAUUGGGGCCGAAGACCUGCAGCGUUACGAGCGCUUAGCCAGCGGUUGAGCCGGGGGUUCAACGAGGCUCUUAAUGGGUUCACCGAUGAGGGAUGGUCUUUGAUGGCUAAUGAUGGGGUGGAUGAUGUUACGAUUCUCGUAAACUCUUCUCCGGAAAAACUCAUGGGAUUUAAUCCGCCUUUUGCAAACGGAUAUCAAACGGUUAGCAAUUCCGUCUUGUGUGCAAAAGCCUCGAUGCUUUUACAGAACGUCCCUCCGGCCCUUCUACUUCGGUUUCUGAGGGAGCACCGGUCGGAAUGGGCAGACAACAGUAUCGAUGCUUAUUCGGCUGCAGCGGUUAAACUUGGUCCUUGCAGCCUACCAGGGUCUCGAGUCGGUAAUUUCGGGGGUCAAGUGAUUCUUCCACUGGCUCACACUAUUGAGCAUGAAGAGUUGUUGGAGGUUAUUAAGAUGGAGGGCGUCGGGCAUUGCCCUGAAGACGGAUUAAUGCCGAGAGACAUGUUUCUCCUUCAACUUUGCAAUGGAAUGGACGAGAAUGCCGUCGGCAUGUGUGCGGAACUCAUAUUUGCUCCCAUCGAUGCUUCUUUUGCCGAUGAUGCGCCUCUUUUGGCUUCCGGUUUUCGUAUCAUUCCUCUCGACCCAAUCAAGGUUAGGAUCGACGAGGCUUCAAGUCCCAAUCGCACCCUCGAUCUUGCUUCUGCUCUUGAAAUCGGAGGGUCCGGGACUAAGAUUUCCAGCGACCGCAAUGCUGCUAGUGGCACUGUUCGUUCCGUGAUGACAAUUGCAUUUGAAUUUGCGUUCGAGAGCCAUAUGCAAGAAAGCGUAGCCUCAAUUGCCCGCCAAUAUGUUCGUAGCAUUAUAUCGUCGGUUCAGAGGGUGGCGUCCGCACUAUCUCCGAACAUGAACCCGAAUCUCGGGCUUCAGGCACCACUAGGCACCCCCGAAGCCCAUAUUCUCGCUCGUUGGAUUUGCCGUAGCUACAGUUGCUAUUUGGGAACGGAACUGCUUAAAUCCGAGGGAGAAGGAAGCGAAUACAUCCUGAAAUCGCUAUGGCACCAUUCCGAUGCAAUCAUGUGCUGCUCCCUUAAGGCGUCGCCCGUAUUCACGUUUGCAAACCAAGCUGGGUUAGACAUGCUCGAGACGACACUGGUCGCACUUCAAGACAUUAGUUUGGAGAAAAUCCUCGACGAGCAUGGACGGAAAGGUCUUUCCGCGGAGUUUGCGCAAAUCAUGCAACAGGGGUUCGCGUGUCUUCAAGGGGGCGUGUGUUCAUCGAGCAUGGGGAGACCGGUUUCGUACGAGAGAGCCGUGGCGUGGAAAGUCUUGAACGAAGAAGAAAACGCUCAUUGUGUGUGCUUUACGUUCAUCAAUUGGUCGUUUGUUUAACGGACCCGUAUGUAUUUCAUAUUUGAAGACUAUUUAUGUUGACAACAUUUUGAUGGGUCCUUGUGGUUUGAAAUGUCGUCAAGGUAGCUAUUCGUAUUUAUUAUGUAUUACGUUGAACGGGAUUUCGUACGCUAUUAAUUCAGGUUUUAUAUAAUUCUCGUGUGUGAAA